AUGUCCUCAAGAAAGCGUGUGUAUUCCAAGGCUUUUCUGGAGCUUGGGUUCACAUUCAUCGUUGACAAAGGAAUCCAGAAGCCACAGUGUGUUGUAUGCAAUGCAAUCUUGUGCAAGGAAUCGAUGAAGGAUGACAGACUGAAAUUGAUACCACUAUCCAACAACACAAUCAGACGUCGGAUUGACGAACUGUCAAACGAUAUUAAGGAUCAAUUAAUUUCACGGGUAAAGAACAGUGGUAUCUUCGCCAUUCAGCUGGACGAAACAACGGAUGUUGCGAGUGCUGCACAAUUGAUGGUAUACAUCCGGUACAAAGGUGAAAUGGACAUUGAGGAAGAUCUACUUAUGUGCAGUCCACUGGAAGCGACUACGAAGGGUGUGGAUGUAUUUUUAAAGGUGGAUGCGUUUUUUAAAGAAACUAGAUGUGCAACUAGAAUGGAAAACUGCGUUGGAGUCACAACAGAUGGUUCACCAUCUAUGCUAGGUGUUCACUCAGGAUUUUUAGCACAUGUGAAAAAGGAAAAUCCUUCUGUCCUUGCAACACACUGCAUUAUCCAUCGACAUGCACUGGCAGUGAAAAAUUUGCAACCUGAUUUGGAGGAGGUGAUGAGUGAUGUGACUGUUUAG